AUGGAUUCCGCAGGAACCCUCCCCACGCACAAUGAGCCGGAAACGCGCGACAGCUCCGUCUGUUGUGGCUGUUUGUCCGCUGAGGCAUUUGAACAUUUUCGAAUACGGGAGCGACAGCUCCUUGAACUAACUGAGGAACUGGAACGAAGGAAAGAGCAAUCUUUGCAGGAGGCACAGGAACAAGUCAGAGAUCUGAGAUCUUUGGCCGUAAACGCGUCCGCGAAAGAGCUUUCGCUCAGGCCCAAGUCAGCAUUCGUGUACCAGAGAAACCAAUCCACUGACGAAGGGAAUUCAGGCGAGAGGAGCUCGUCGUCUCCUCUUGGUAAACCCGCAGAAGGACUGACGGGGUUGCGGGCUCAGAGCGCCUGUCCUCGCUCAUUUGCCUCGCUCAAACGAAAUGGACAGGACCACCCGCCUCCUGCUGAAGAGAUAACGGGCUCGCUAACAAAGAAAAUCCACCUGAGGGAAAGUGUACUGAGAGACCCUUACGCUUUGGGACAGCACAGGGCGACUGUUGAGGAGGAGUACAAGCGACUUGUUCAACUUGGUAGCAGUGCCAUCGGCAAUGGUUUGGGAGGCGACCAUCUCGAGAAUUUAAGUGCGACAGUUCGACUGCAAAAGGGCCGACUUCUUGCGCUUCAGCACGAACUCGAAUCCAGGGCUAAGGAAAUCCAGAAUUAUGAGCAAGAUCUGCAUUCGUCGCGGAAUCAAUCACGGUGCCUCACUGACGAAAACGAAAAACUCAAGCGAAAAAUCAACCAGCUCACCUCCCAAGGAGAACAACAAAAACUGGCUCAUGCUGAGCUAAACUCAAAAAUCGACACCCUCGAGAGGCUGCUGGCCGAUUUAAGAGCUGAAAACGACAGGUCUGUCUUCUCCGCAAACUCGCAACCCAUAUAUAUAUAUAUAUAUAUAUAUAUAUACAUAUAUAUAUAUAUAUAUAUAUACAUAUCGAGAUACGCAUACCUAUAA